CGACAGACUUCACUACCAACCAAAAAAAAGUUUUUUUUUUGUAUAUUUUCUUUUUUAUUAUUAUUACAUAUUUUGAAGGGAGACAUGAGCGAGACAUCACCACUGCUUGCAGCAUUAUAUGGACAUUUGGAAGCAACGGUACAUUUGAUACAGGUGGCAGUCAAAUUGGAAUGGACCAUCUUUUCGAGACUGAUUGGAAGUUUAGUUGUCAUGACAUUUGCGUAUAUUGUGUAUAUUCUGAUUUCGUUGCGUCAUGGAAGACACCCGUUAAUGAUUUGGGAAAAGUUGGGUAAACCUGUUGUCAAGAUAUUUAGGCCGUGGACAUUUGCUCGUUUAUUGAAUAACAGUGACCCUUACGCCAGUUCGAUUGAUAUGCGUGUGUCAACAUUUUCACGUGGUUUUUGUACUGCUAUUAUGCGGGAUCAUUCUAGCACACACGACGCUCAGAAAGGGAUCCAUGCCACUGCUUUGGCGACAUUUGCAGAGACAACGGGUGGAUUAGCGUUGAUGAGUAAUUUGAAAAAGAAGGAUAGAGCUAUUUUGGUAUCUAUCAAGAUGGAGUACAAAAAGAAGGCACGCGGACUAUUGACUGCUAGUUCGGAUUACACACUCCCGAGUGAUUUAGAAGAAGGCAGACAUGAAAUUAAGACUCAAGUUGUUGUAAAAGAUCGUAUGUUGGAUACAGUCGCCAUUGCCUAUUUAUUAUGGAGUGUCCAAACAAAGGAAGCAUAAACCCUCAAUCAUUGCUGUUGCUGUUGCUGCUGCUGCAAUUUAAUUUUGUGUCCAAACUGAAACACUACCAAUAAUGGCGUAGAAUCAUAAUAAUAAAAAAAAAAACCGCUCCACCCCUUUGGCACUCCUCUCUUUUUUUUUUUUUUUUUUCUCCCCCUAUUUUUUUUUUUUAUUAAAAAAAAGAACUCUCUUAUUUUA